AUGGAGGGAUUCAGAGACUGCAUCAUGUACAAGCUCAGGCGGUGCCAACGUCCGGCAGACGCUGAUCCAUCACAGAAGAAAUUCCUUUACCCGUCAGCCGGCACAACCUACUCCAUUCAAGCCCAUGUCUCGCACGAGGGCAGGGAAUGUUUCUAUGACCGGGAAGGGCAUGCUCUGAUUAGGCCUCAGGAGUGCGCCGGCACAGCAAACAGCGAUGUCGCCGUGCUGACCCUGUACUGGAGACCCCGUCGCUUGACGGAAUUGUAUGAAGAAAGGGGAAGGCGCUUUGCCGAGAUUGAGGCUGGGGCCAUGUUGGCCCUGAUCCAGCAGGAGGCAGGUGCUCUCGGCUUGGAGGCCUCUGUGUCCUUUGCCUCCCGUCCCGAAACUGCAGAGGAAGAAGAGGAGCCUCUUCUUUCCAUCAGCUUUGUCAAGAAGGUGCCGGGGAUCAAACGGGGCCUGACCCUCCGCGAUCUGCAGAUGCACAUGUUCCUCUACGUUCUGAAGCCCUUCGGGUCCAAGGAGGUGGGCCUGUACAAGUGGCGUGAUGGUGACUUCCAAAGGGAGAAGUGGCACUGGCCGGAGGAUAUGUGGAAGACACAGCCGGCAUAUGCUGCCUCAAUCGUCUACAGCGCAUCGUUUCUGAUCAUCUGCUUCUCUCCAAGCUCUCGCCAAGCGGCCGUGUCUGCCGGUGUACACAUGCAACGUGUACAAGCAGCGAGCCCAGCCUUUCGUCUGGGAUUCUGCCCCUUAGGCAACGUGGAACUUCCGUGUGGCUUUCCAGUCCCUGAGGGAUGUCAGUUCACAUUGGCGAUGGCUGGUGGCGCGCUGCGUGAUCGCGCGGACAAGAUGUCCUGGGAUGAACAUAUCCAGCAGCACCUGCGCAGUUACAUUCCUAUCGGCUGGAUGCCUUCGGUAAACCUGGUGAAAGAACUUCCCUUGACCAGUUCAGGCAAAUGUGACGUCUCGGCCUUGAUGAAGAAGUUCCGUCCAGUAGCCCAGGAAGGGGGUCAGCUUGGGCCCGAGCUGCAUCGAAUGGCAACCCUUUGGGUGGAGGUGCUCGGAGAGAAGGCCAAGGGGCCAGUGGUGGCAGGAUGCAGCUUUCGUGAUCUUGGGGGGGACUCGCAGUGUUUGCUGAAACUUGUGCGCAAGAUCAAAGAUGCCUUCGGUGUUCAGGUACGUUUUCUAGACCUUGAGGCGAACCACGGGGUGAAGGACAUGCAGGCAGUGGUCGAUAAAUCGAGGAUGACAUCGCCGAUUGCAGCCAUGCGAUCUCAGAGCGAAAGCUUCACAGCUUCCAUCGCGCAGCACGUGAUGUUUGCAACCUACGAAGCCGAAGUGUGCCUCCCGGCGCAUGCUUACCACAUAUACCUGGAGGUUUGUUUGUCUGGUGAGCUGCAAACAUGCCGGCUUCAACAUGCAGUUGAAGAGCUCGUCAAGCGCCAUCCGAUGUUGGCAGUUCGCUUCCAUUACGACGACUCGCCACCACACGAGCUCCUCCUUCAUCCGGGGACGGCUGCAAAGAUGCAGGUGGUGGAUUUGAGGCAAGAGGACGAUGCUGAGGCAGCGGUGCGGUCCAGGACGGCUGAUGUGAUCAAGAAGCGCUUCGAAUUGAAAAGCGGGCCGCUAUGGAGGCUUUGCCUCUUCCAGCUUUCCAAUGCUAAGAACGUUCUGAUCAUUGUUGUGCACCACAUCAUUGCCGAUGGCGAGUCGGUCGGGAUCCUCCUCCAAGACUUGGCCACGGCCUACAAUCGGGAGAAGCUGCCACCGUCACCGUCGUGGCAGUACCAGCAAUUUGCGGAACAGCAGCGGUGGAGUCUUUCGGAGGAGGUGGCUGCGAGGAAGCUUGAGUUUUGGGAGAGAUACCUGGCGGGUAUGCAGCCAGUCAACAUGGACGAGACUGCUAGGACAACUUCUGGCUCCGAGCGGGAAGCCAGCACAGCAACGCGCAGGGUCAAUUUCAAACACACUCCCGAGGCCGCGACCCUUCUCCGGAGUUCGUUCUGCCUCCUCUUGCAUUCUUGGUUCCAGCAGGACGACCUGUUGUUCGGUAUGACAUCAUCGCACAGGUGCGACUACGGACAGGAUGAUUCGAACGAAGUUGGCCUGUACGUUAACGUGCUCCCUUUCAGGUCCCAAGUCAGUGCGAAGACCACAGCGAACAACUUUCUUGGGUUCGUGAAAGAGUCCCAGCAAAAGACGCACCAGAACCGACUCCCUUUCCGGCACUUGCAGGAUCAACUGGCCCGGAAUCCCAAUGCUCCUGUGCAUCUGUCCUGCAACGUGCUCUUCAUUCUCCUAGAGUCUCCGGCAGAGGACAUCAACUUUGAUGGCCUACAGCCCGUUCCUCUAUUAGCAGCCUGUGGCAGAGACGGUGCCUGCAGAUUCUCAGAUGUCCCGAUUGCUCCGAUGUUCGACCUGACCGUGCGUGUGGACAUGCUCUCUGAGAAAUGCAGGCUGACCUACGAGUGCAAGAACUCCGCACACAUACAGGUGGAGCGCCUGGCGUCGGAGCACGAAAGGUUGAUCUUCGAGCUUGCAAAGGUGUGCCAAUCUGGCCAUGAUGUCCCAGUGAAAGCUCUCUGCCGCCAUUCUCAGGCCCAGGCUCACCGAAGCCGUCUCUCCGAGCUGCUCAGCCCGGUGCUCCAUGGAAACAGCAGAACCCGGAAGGGUAAGAAGGCGGUGACUUCGGGAAGCCUCGUGUUGACCUAUGAGAACCUGAUGCAUAGAUCAUCUCGUGUGGCGGCAGUGUUGCAGAAGGCCUCAGCGAGGAUGGUGCUUUUGUGGCUCGAGCGCUCGCCGGAGCUCAUCGUUGGUCUGAUCUCAUGCUUGUCGACAGGGGUGCCCUUUGUGCCACUGGAUGUCACGAGCAUGCCGAUGACCAGGGCCAGCGUGAUUGCCGACGACUCCGGAGCUAAUGUCGUCCUCACGACAUCGCAGACAUUGAACUGCGAAAGGUUUGUGCGCCAGCUGCCACCACAUGUCACACCGAUCUUCGUGAACAUGGUUGGCAAGGACCAGGUGGCAGGCGUGCAGUGGGUGAAGGAACCUAUUGACGACGACGAGCUGGCGUACAUCAUGUAUACAUCCGGAUCCACAGGGCAACCAAAAGGAGUUGAAGUCCUCCGUCGCAACCUUUGCAGCUUCCUGAAGGCGUUUGCUAAGUUGCUUCCAGCCUUCGUCAGCGAAAAGACGAUCUGGUACUCCGUCACCCGCCCCAGCUUCGAUAUCUCCUUGCUUGAGUUCCUCGGCUGCCUCCUGCUGCAUGGUGAGCUGGUAUUGGCAUCUGAAGGAGCGCGACUAAAUGGGCAGCUAAUGCAGAAGGAGAUUCAAUCCUGCGGCGCCAACGUUCUGCAGCUGACCCCGCUGUUCUGGGAGCAGCUGCCGAAUCUCCAGGUGUUAGCCACGCACAAUUUCUUGGCACUUUGUGGUGGCGACAGCAUGUCUCCAACACUUGCCGCGCGAUUUCUUGAAGCCGGAAAGAACUUGCACACCAUGCACGUGUAUGGACCUACGGAGACAACAAUCUGGGCGACGGCAGCAUGGUUACAGAAGGGCCCUGAACGUGAAAGAUGCAUUGGCGUGCCCAUGCAGAAUGCAAGUGCCUUGGUUCUGUCAGGCCCAUCCGAUGUGAGGUCUGCAGAGCUGCAGCCAGCCACGGGCGAGGGCGAGCUGUUCCUGGCUGGUCCGUGUGUAGCCCGAGGUUAUCGCAACCGGCCCGACCUCACGAGUGAGAAGUUCGGUCCAUGCCCUUUUCCGGAUGCACUGGACCAGCAGAUGUAUGCGACAGGUGAUGUGGCAAGAUGGAUGAACUCGGAUGUGACCGGCUCCCGCGAGCUGUACUUCCUCGGCCGGAGAGAUUCGCAAAUCAAAAUACAGGGGAACAGAGUCGAGCUUGAAGAGGUGGAGCUCUGCCUUGAAACACACGAGAGUGUUUGCAGGGCCGUCGUCGUCUCUGAUAGACUCAGCCUUUUUGCGUUUAUCGUGCUGCAGGGAUCAACGGCUUGGCCGGAGAAACAGCGUGAAAAGCUCCGUGGCCAUUUGGAGAAGCACCUGGAGAGCUACAAGAUACCUUCCCGCAUCUUUGGCAGGGGGUCAUUUCCCAUGACGGCAAGUGGCAAGGUGGACAAAAAGCAACUGCUCAAGGAAGCACUUGGGCAAACACAGGCAGCCAUGCCAAUAUCAGCUGCAGCCGGCCCCGACACUGAUCAGCAGCUUGUGUUGCAGUGCCUUCGCAGGCUGUUGCAGAGAGAGCUUGGCAUGGAGGAAAGACUCGACAUCGUAACAUCUUUUCAAGCGAUUGAGCUGGCUGCACGCUUGAAGCACGAGCUUGGCCAGAUCAUAGAUCCUUUGUGGCUCCUCGGUGCCGAGAAAACGUGCCGGAGCCUGCUUAUUGAGCUUGGCAGGCCGACCAUGCAGCUCAUGGAGCCUGAGUCUGUUAUCUCCACCAGGAUCCCGAGUUGCGGAAGCUCUACUGAAGGUGUGCUGGUGAUGGGUCUUGCCGCCAGGGCAGGGAAGAGCGGGUCUUGCGCCCAAUUGUGGUGCAAUCUCCUUCUGGGCACUGACUGCAUGACCGACUUCUCCGACGACCAGCUCGAAGGGAUGAGCUUGGCCAAGGCUGACUACGAGUCUGGAGACUAUGUCAGGGUCAAGGGCGUGGUCGAGGACUUCGCCUGCUUCGACGCGAAUUUCUUUCAGCUUGGAGAGCUACAGGCGCAAAAGCUGAGCCCCCUCCACAGGUGCUUCUUGGAAGAGGCCCGAAUGGUGAUUGAGGAUUCCGGUGGCAAAGCUGCUCUUCCUUCCGCUACGGCCGUGUUUGCUGGAAUGGGUGACUCGCACAUGAGAACGGAACGACGUAGCUCAGUUUGUGUGCAGCACAAUGACCCCCCUGAGAUUUUCCGAUAUUUCGUAUUCCGAGGCGAUCACGAUUAUCUCACGGGUGGGUAUGGAUCAGCAGAGAUGCUGACCUUUGAGUUGGCCAAUGGAAAGGACUUUCUUGCCAGCCAGGUGGCGUACCACUUCGAUUUGAGAGGGCCUGCAGCGGGAGUUCAGACACUUGGAGAAUAG